GCUGCAUGUAACUAGAACACAGAGAGAGACUUGAGGCUCCUAGUUGUUAAAAACAUCACUGCCCAUUAAAAUGCUCCCUCUGGAAUAGUCAGUCCAUUUAUUAUAUUUUAAAAUAUUACAUUAAGGCAUAAUUUCAAGAAGCAAGACCACAGUAUGGAGAUUUUAUUGCUAUUUUACAUUUUUUUUAUUUGUGGACUUUUUCUUACAGGGGUUGAAAAUGGGGAAGUUUGCAUGUUUUGGCAACUGUGAAUCUAUAAAGUGAAUAUAAGAAGACGUUUAAGAGAUCGAGAAAUGUUGAAAAGGAAGAAAGAAGAGGCUCAACAGAAAGACACUUACCAGUGGGUUUUUGGAGAGCAGACUAGCAGCAAACGUCAAAGAAAAACCCAAGGAACUGGACGUGGAAGAAGGAAGCAAGUCAAGGAACGUGAACCUGAGCCUUAUCCUGAACCACAUUCUGAACCUGAGCCUAAACCAGAAUCAGAACAUGAACCGAUCCAUGAACUGCAACAUGAACCAAGACAAGAGCAACACUUUGAAAUGGAGGCAGAAAAAAAGUUUGAGCUUAUGUCUGAGGUGCCGCAAGAUCAUGUUGAGCACGAGAAAGAACCCCUGGUGCAUCAUGAAGAUUCACCGCCCACUGUGAGUAAAGAAGACACUGCUGAUGUGACUCUUCUAAUACAUGAAGAUGCUGGUGGACAUUUACCACAAGAGUCUACAUCUUUGCAACAAGCUCUAGGAUAUCCUUUUUAUGAACCAGUGCCCAAAACUGAACAGCAUAUUCCAGAUAAAGAAGUAAUGUCUGAUCUUGGACCAGCUACAGAAACACAUGAGGUCCUUGGCUUUCCUCUUGAACAGGAGCAAGUGGAGCAUCAGUACUAUACACCACUGCUUUAACUCUACUGUUACAUAAGUUCUCAUACUAUAUAAGAGUAAUAUUUUUAGUUUAUUUCUUUAUGUUACACUGAAAACCAAUAAGGUCAAAUGUGUUAACUGCCAAACUCAACAACCAUUGUCUUUUUCAUGGCUUUCAGUGACAUUCAAGACAUAGAUUUUGAUUAUGUGAAUGAUUCAUUAUUCUAUUAUCUUUCAGUUACUUCUUUUUAAUGUGUAAAAUGUGUUUUUAAUAAAGUACAUUUAUCAUGUGAGAUACAUAACCAGUCACCUAAAAAGGAAAUAAAGGCAUUAUAUUCUUA